AUGUCUAUGACGUCAGACAUGAUGUCCCUCACAGUCACAGUAGACGUUCCAGCCAGACACAUUAAGCAUGACACGACACCUCACCCAGUCAGUCUAGACAUGACACCACACCCAGUAGCAGUAGACAUAAUACCCUAUUCAGUCAGAGUACACAUGACGCCCCACCCAGUCACAAUAGACAUGACACCAUAUCUAGUCACAGUGGACAUGGCACCCUGUCUAGUCCCAGUAGACAUGACGCCCCACCCUGUCACAGUAGACAUGACACGCUAUCUAGUCACAGUAGACAUGACGCCCCACCCAGCCACAGUAGACAUGGCGCCCUACCCAGUAACAGUAGACAUGACACACUAUCUAGUCACAGUAGACAUGACGCCCCAACCAGUCACAGUAGACAUGACGUCCCACCCUGUCACAGUAAACAUGACAUACUAUCUAGUAACAGUAGACAUGACGCCCCACCCUGUCACAGUAGACAUAACACACUGUCUAGUCACAGCAGACAUGACGCCCACCCUGUCACAGUAG